CUGUGCGUCACGGGGUCAGUGGGCGGAUGGGGUGCCUUUUUCGUCGGCCCAAUGGCAGGGCAGGGCCAGUCUUCCCUUUAAAGAAUGUUGUGAAGUGACGUCACCGAACCGAGUUACCAACUCCUCCGGCCAGCAGCUGCUCGGGGUUGAGAACCAGAACGAACACGCCAGAGAGAACCCCAAGUUAGCAGCGGCGACACCCGGAUCCCUGACCCUGAACUUCCCAUCCCCCCCCUGCCCGACCCCGGACCCCGGCGCGAUGCCCUCCGACAGGCCCUUCAAGCAGCGGCGAAGCUUCGCUGACAGAUGCAAGGAAGUGCAGCAGAUCCGAGAGCAGCACCCCAGUAAGAUCCCGGUGAUCAUCGAGCGGUACAAAGGGGAAAAACAACUGCCCGUCCUGGACAAGACCAAGUUCCUUGUCCCUGACCACGUCAACAUGAGUGAAUUAGUUAAGAUCAUCCGCCGUAGACUCCAACUUAAUCCCACUCAGGCCUUCUUCCUGCUAGUGAACCAGCACAGCAUGGUGAGCGUCUCCACACCUAUCUCAGAGAUCUAUGAGCAGGAGAAGGAUGAAGAUGGCUUCCUCUACAUGGUUUAUGCCUCCCAGGAGACCUUUGGCUACUGAGCAAAAAGGGUCAGGGAAUAUCCUGGCCCUGGGAAGACAGCAGCAGCUAGAGGAGGGGGUAGCUCAGCUUCCUACUCCAGAACUAUAAAGCUGCCUCUAACUACCCCUCUCUGGGUCCCUUCCCUAGGACCCAAAGCUGGAGUGGUUGGCUUAGAUCAAUGCCAAAAUAAGGACUUUGCCCAACCAGGGCUGCAACGGAGCGGAGGACAUCCUGUGUCAACAAGAAAUUUUCAUCUAUCCCAACUCUGUACACAUAUCAACUCUCGGUGCUACUCCCAGACGCUAGAGCCAUGGGGGCUGCUCUGUCUAUGUCUAUAGAAGGGGGAUGAGAAUAGAAAAUAUAUAUGGCUUCUCCCUCCUGGUUUUGAAGGUGGCACCUGCUGAAAGUGGGAGGAGGGGGAGAAAAAAGGGUGGACACCUGUGGCCUUGGCCCUGCCUUGGCUCUGGUCUGGUUUUUUUUUUUUUUUUUUUUUUUUUUUAGGCACCUGUCCCUUCCAUCUUUAUUGCAUGCAAUUUGGACCCGUCUCGCGCUAGCAGCCACUCUGAACUGAGCUUUCCCCCUGCGACCACAACCCCGCCUGCUGUUUUCUUCCACAUUAUGUACCAGUGUCCUGGAGCACCAGCCUAUUAGAGCUAUCGUUACUCUGUAUAAAUAAAGAGAAAUUUCAAGUCCUA